AAACCCAUAACUUCUCUCUUAAUUUACUCUUUCUCUCUCUAGUAGAAUAAUCAGUAUCUUCGGCUCACUUCAAACAGCUCGUUGCUGUUUCAUCAGUAACUUGCGUAGUAUACAAAUAUACAAAUAUAAAUCGGCGGGUACGAAACACGUUGAUUUUUAAGCACGAGAAUAUGCAGAGAGAAAUCUCAACAACCGCCGGCCACGGUGGCGCGUACAACUACAACACUCCGUCAUCGCCGCCGUCGUUCCUCAGUCAACCAAAUGCAUUCAAUCUAACAUCACUUUACUCGUCGAUUUUGUUCCCUCAAAAUCAAAAUUCUCAGUCGCUUAUUGACCAGCAUUAUCAUGAAGACCUCAUGGAUCGUCACAACAGAGUAUUAUCUCAGCUCCUCGAAGCAGAGAAAAAAACCCUAGCUCUUCGUCAAGAGAAUAUAAACUUAAAAAUGGCGAAUUUCAAUUUGAACAAUCAGCUGUCGUUGUUGCUGAAGGCUUCGAGUUCGGAUUAUGGGCCAGGUUUGGGCCUGGAUUCGGUUGUGGAUGGGAUACGGAGAAUGCGUAUUGGUGUUGGUGAGGAGGAGACGUCCAGUGAUGGGCAUUCGUGGGAAGAUUUAGUUGCGGAUCGUCAUUUGAGCCCAACUAGUGUAAUGGAUUCGGGUCGGUCUGAGGGCGUGGAUCGGGUUCUAUUGCCUAAGAGUAUAUCUGUGCGUUCGAAUGGUUAUCUGAAAGCAAUUCAUGCUGCUGGUGGAAGUAGGCCGCAGACUUCGAUCAAAUCAGUCCACACAGCGCAAAAGGUGUAUGUGAAAGGAGGAGGUAAUAAGAAGGAAGAGCAACCACUUGAAUUAGAGGUGUACAAUCAAGGCAUGUUCAAGACUGAACUCUGUAACAAAUGGCAAGAAACAGGUGCAUGUCCAUAUGGAAACAACUGCCAAUUUGCUCAUGGCAUUGAAGAACUUCGUCCAAUCCUUCGCCACCCGCGUUACAAAACUGAGGUAUGCCGAAUGGUCCUCAAUGGUGAUCCCUGUCCUUAUGGUCAUCGUUGCCAUUUCCGCCAUACCCUCACUGACCAAGAAAAACUCAUGAGAUCACUCAACACCAGGUCUUAAAAAUGAUCAAACUAAUAAGUAAUAACUUGAUGGUCAAGAACCAGAUACCCUUAAAUUGAAAGAUGAACUGUUUAUAACCAAGUAAAAUAAUUGGAACACUUGUGAAAAAGAAUGAAUGCAAAUUGAGAAAUUGACUCUGUAAGUAAAAAAAAAUAAUUGCAUCAUAAGUCAAGAGGAUGGUUGUGAUAACAGAGAGUAGCUUGAUUGCGUAGAAAGUGAAUGGUGGUGGACUCGUAUAUUCUCUCAUUAUUUCUUGUAAUUCUCUUUACGUACGUUAAUGUCAACAUUUAAUACAUAAUGAUACUUCUACCGAAGUGUUUGUUUGUUUUGUCUCUUCAAAAGCUAGAUAGAGACUUCUCUAGCUGAUGAUGAUUAAUUUCAACCAUAUGUCUUUGAUUGUAAUUCAAAUGGUGAAAUAUUAUAGACUCCAUGGAAAGUUGCUGAUUUCUUUGUUUUUA